UAAAAAAAGGCUCUCCAUUUUCCCUGUACGGCUCUUAAUUGUUAUAUAAGGAACAAUUAAUUAGAAAGUUAAUAGACAUUUUUUUUAGGUAUUCAAAUUGUUUUAAACGUAUUUCUCAGCGAUCUCAGAGAGAAACCAGAGAAAAAGGGAUUAGGGUUCUCGUUCCUAAAGCGGGAGGCAAAGAAAGAGAGAGAAUUAAGGUUGAUUUUUUUAAGAGAGAGAAAGAGGGAGAGAUGGGAGGGUGCUUUUCGGAUAUGAAGGGAGGGAAGCAGGGAAUAGGUGGGGCCGAGCAGAGGCCCACAGCCAUGGUCGCAAAUUCAAGCUACGGUGAAGGUCCAAACGACGCCGUUGAGUUCUUCCACCGGACUCGCGGCCAACACCCGCUCUUUACCCAACUUGAGUUAUCUCUUUCAGCAUCAAACUUACUUGAUUGCGACAUUACUUCAAAGAGUGAUCCCAUGGCUGUUGUGUUUGCCAAGAAAGUAGAUGGUAAACUAGAGGAAUUAGGGCGGACCGAAGUAAUAUUGAAUAGCUUAAAUCCUGCAUGGAUAAACAAAGUUGCGGUUUCAUAUCAGUUUGAAACAGUCAAGCGAUUGAUAUUUCAUGUAUAUGAUGUUGAUACAAAAUAUCACAAUAUACCUGUUAAGAUGCUGAAUUUGAAGGAUCAAGAUUUUCUUGGAGAAGCGACUUGUGUUCUUUCAGAGAUUGUGACUGUACAAAGCCGGAGUUUAACGGUAAAUCUUAGUAACAACAAUGGGCGCCGGGGUGCAAGAAAUCUAGGAACACUCACUAUCCAUGCUGAAGAGACAGUUGCUUCAAGGAGUCUUGUCGAGAUAAAAUUCCGUUGUUCUAACUUGGAAAACAUGGAUCUAUUUUCUAAAAGCGAUCCUUUCUUAAGGGUUUCAAGAAUCGUGGAGACUGGAGGCUCCAUUCCAAUUUGCAAGACUGAAGUGGUUGAUAAUGACUUAAAUCCCACUUGGAAACCGCUAUGCCUGAGUAUGCAACAGUUUGCAAGCAAGGCCAACCCGUUGAUUAUUGAGUGUUUUGAUUUCAAUAGCAGUGGAAAUCACGUACUUAUUGGGAAACUCCAAAAAUCAGUGGCAGAGUUAGAAAGGCUCCACAAAGAGAGAACUGGUGCAAAUUUUUUGUUGCCAUCAUCUAAGAAUGGUCAUGAAAAGGUACUUAAGGGUCAGCUGUUCGUGGACCAAUUUCAAGAGAAGUUACAGUUCAGCUUUCUUGAUUACAUUUCUAGUGGAUUUGAGCUUAACUUUAUGGUUGCUGUUGAUUUUACAGCUUCAAACGGAAAUCCUCAAGAUCCAACAUCUCUGCACCACAUCAGUCCUUAUGGCCGGUUGAAUUCUUACCAGCAAGCAAUUAUGCAAGUUGGUGAGGUCAUUCAGUUUUACGACUCUGAUAGGCGCUUUCCCGCUUGGGGCUUUGGAGGAAGGAAACCGGAUGGUACCAUAUCACACUGUUUUAACUUGAGUGCAAAUGAAAGUGCCUUUGAGGUUGAAGGAGUUGAAGGCAUCAUGGAUGCUUAUGCCAGAGCUCUGCACAAGGUUUCUCUCGCUGGACCUACUUUGUUCGGUCAAGUUAUUGAUAGGGCUGCACAAAUUGCCGGCGAGUCCCUCUCACACCACAGUAACAAGUACUACGUGUUGCUCAUUAUAACGGAUGGAGUCCUUACAAACUUUCAAGAAACAAAAGAUGCUUUGGUGAAGGCAUCGAAUCUUCCGUUAUCGGUUCUUAUAGUUGGAGUUGGGGGUGCUGAUUUCACAGAAAUGGAGAUUCUUGAUGCAGAUAAUGGAUGUCGAUUAGAGAGUUCGACGGGGCGCGUGGCUACACGAGACAUCGUGCAGUUUGUUCCUAUGAGAGAUGUUCACAGUGGACAGAUAUCUGCUGUUCAAGCACUUCUGGAAGAGCUACCUGGUCAGUUUUUAACAUAUGUUCGCAGUAGAGAUAUCAAGCCUUCCAACUUAAGUGCCGCUCAAACAUCGGUCUAACCAGUUCUUUUGUGAGCACGGCCAUAUACAUCACCACACUUUUCUAUAAUGUGGGGCCUACUUCACUAUGUAACAGUUUUCACGUACUAACACAUGGGUGGUGAUUGAUCACUAAUGUUGAUAAAUAACGAUUUUCUUUCAUGGAUUUCCAAAUAACGUAAAACCUCGAAUACAGUGAAUGCACCAUUAACUGUACAAAUCAGUUGAUAGUUUUUUUUUUUUUUUGGUAGACAACAGUCGUUUAAUGUCAAGGCAAUUAUGAGAUUUUGCUUCUAAUCCUAGUUUAGUACAAA